CGACCAGUUAGUCUGUCUCGCACGCCGGUCGUGUGUUUUUCUACUGUACGUCUGUAGUUUGUUAUAUUUAUUAAUUUCGUUUUUUAAUUAGUGUAGUCGUGCGUCAUCGAUCAUAUUGAUAAAUAUUCAUACAUACAUUAUUGUGAUAAAUUGCAAGUGAUCAUAUGCUGUCCGUCAGAUAAUAAUCAUAUAAUAACAUAAUGGGUUAAAUAUCGGGAUGUGCGCUUGUUACAAUAAUAAUCAUAUAGUUACUGUGCGAACGUGAAACGAUGGUGAUAUUUGUGUGGUUCUAGUGGAAUUUUUCCGAUAAUUUUGAGCCGGAGCCGCGUAAAAACCAUAAUGGAUACGAGUAAUGUCGACCGAUAAGAUGCAGUGCAAGUGCGGCCUUUGGUGCGCAUUCCUCGUAUUUUUGGCCGUGUCUGCCGUUUCUGCCGCCCAACUAAUCAAAGAUGAUUUGAUGGUGGUGAUUCCUACCAGCAUGCCGGCUGACGAUGGGCGAUCCACAACCGACUAUCGACGGCAGCGUAACGUAACCACUAGACCGGUGGUCGGCGCUCUCAGGAGGACGCCAAUGCCACCACUUAACCGAGGAGGAUCCGGACCGAUUUCGCUGGACCCGCUAUCGGACGUCGAUGAGACGUCGAUGCCCCGGGUAAAGAAGAAGAUUAAACACAAACGAACGUGGGAUGAACCCGAGGCCCAAGGAUCGGAAGUGCGAAACGCCACGUCCAAGAGACCAGACCGGAUCAAAACCCGUAGGCGGUUGUUGGUACCAUCGUCGAGCACGGCUAGGGCACUCCGGACAGCGGCCAUUUCGUCCUUGCAAGAAGACCCGUACUAUGAUUUUGGAAAGAAGAUCAGACACUCGUCGCAGCCGCCGUCCCCACAAUCCACAGUAGAUGGGCUUGACGCGUCGUCAGACUCAGAAACUAGGACGUCGCUCAGGUUGCCGGUGGUCGUUCAGCAAGUGCAGGAUGCCACUCCCCGAACUAGAGCACUACCACCACCGCAUAACCGCAACCACAGUACUGUGGCAACGACCAGGCGACCUGUAGAGAACUCAGCUGCGCCGGCGGUGGAGUGCCUGUAUCCUAGGUUCACCAGGCGGAAUAACAAAUCGCGAACUCGAAGGGAUGUACGGUGCUUGCCUGAAUCGGACAGCAGAACCACGAGGAUAUUAUCAACCGUCGUCACGUCCGUAUCAGUCAAGGGGAGCUCGCAGAAGAAAAACGACUCUUCCGCUGAGCUCGGUCAACAUUCCAUUGAAAAUCACCGCCUAAACGCCAACAGUGACGGUGACGCAACCGGUGCGUACAAUCCCGGGCCGCUUACGUCUACGGUAAGUUCGGAACCCGCGAUCGCGGUGUCGGCGUAUCCGAAAUACCUCCGGAACCGGUACCGAAACAUAUCGCUGCCUGAAUACUUGGAGAUCACUAAAGUCAACCAAAGACGAUUGAACGGCACAACUUUGGCCGGAAUCGCGUCCAUAGUGUCGACCACUGCUUCCACUAUUACCGCCUCAACAACGUCCACCUCCACAGUUACGACGGCUUCUGGUUCGUCGUCUCCAGAUCGUCCGGUCGUUGGCACCACCGAAACGUUGGACGCAUCUAAUAUCAACGAUCGGUCUUCCACUGAAACUCCUCAGCCACCGCCCACCGACUUGCAAGAUUUCAUUUAUUUGAAUAACGGCACGUCGGAAGCGCCUGUCGACGAUAUCGCUACUGACGUCGCUGCCCCGAUCGUCUCCACCACCACCACAGUGGACACAGCCGUCGAAGCCCGCCAAAGAAGGCCGCUGCUACAGCGCAACAACAUCACCAGACUGUCAGCCGAACAUGAUGUUGGCGUGGUGUAUCCAGACGGAUUGGCCACUUCCGUAUACUUUUUAACGUUUUUAGCUAUCGUGCCGUUGGUAUUGGUGAUUGUUUUCGCAUUCAAGCUGGCUAUGCGACGAAAAAAAAAGAAAGUGUUCGACAGUUCGGAAUAUUCAUCGGAGUAUAAUCGCAGCCCGCUGGACUUCAACACGAUCACAUCGUCUCCGAUCACCACAAAACUUCCCAGGGUGCCACAACACAUUGUUUGGGAUGCUGAGAAGACGCCCGCCGUCCCAGUACCUAUGAGCAACAGCCGUUGGGAGUUCCCACGAGAAAAGCUGCGGCUUCAGACCAUACUGGGCCAAGGCAAUUUCGGUCAAGUGUGGAAGGCUGAGGCGGACGAUAUUAGUGGACACGAGGGUCUUACUAGGCUCGUCGCCGUGAAAAUGGUCAAAGAGGACGCUGCGUCUCGGGAGAGAGAAGAUCUGAUCAGAGAGCUGAGUAUUAUGCAACAUCUCGGAUCGCAUCCGAACGUCGUCACGUUGCUGGGAUGCUGUACAGAGAAAGAACCGUAUUUACUGAUCAUGGAAUACGUCAUGUACGGCAAACUAUUGGCGUUCCUCAGAGAUCGACGGACACGAUCGCAUUAUUUUAAUUUUAGCGACUCGACUGCUUCGCUCACGUCUAGAGAUUUAACCAUGUUUGCCUAUUGCGUAGCACGAGGAAUGGAUUUUCUGGUCUCGAAAAAAAUAGUGCACAGGGACCUAGCUGCAAGAAACGUAUUGGUUGACCAUAAUAAAUUAUGCAAAAUAGCCGAUUUCGGUAUGUCUCGUAAUGUCCGCGACACUAACCAGAUUUACGAGCAAAGGCAUACAAAGGGUGCUUUGCCUAUCCGUUGGAUGGCUCCGGAGUCGUUGCAUUAUAGUAUAUUCACAUACAAGACUGACGUGUGGAGCUUUGGUGUAUUAAUGUGGGAGAUUGUCACUCUAGGUUCAACCCCUUACUGCACGAUGGGUGCACGCGAAGUAAUGAGACGCGUGCGCGAAGGCUAUAGACUUGACAAACCGGCGCAUUGUCGAUCCGAAUUAUUCAGGGUGAUCACCAAGUGUUGGGCAGCCGAUCCGUCCAAGCGACCCACGUUUGCCGAGCUGAAACAAGAGCUAGGUGCGCUCCUCGAAAACCCAGAAUUCGAGGGCAGCUACGUGGAUCUAGAGAGCCUCGUCGAUGAAUCUGACAGCAAUGCCAAGGACAGACAAUAAUAUUAUAUGUACCUAUAGUGCCUAUAGUAUUGCUUACGCAUAUUAAUAUGCAGGCUGAAGUGAUCUCCCAAGCUGGAACAUGUUUAUCAAUUUCUUCGCAAAAGAAUCACAAAAAAAUUAUAUUAUUUUUUUAUUUGUUGUAUGUUUUAACAGUUUUUUUAGAUUCCUUUUGAUUUAUAUGGCAUUUAAGUAGUUUUAUACUUAGAACAGAAAUAUUAUAGAUACACAUGAUUAUUUAAUCAGUUUGAUUAUGAUUAUUGUUUUCAUUUAAUCGUAACUGCAAAGUGCAAAUAUCACGAUUGAAUUCAUACGAAUAUGUAUGUUGCUUAAAUCCAUAAUGUUAUUUAAAUAUGAUACAUACAUAUAAUAUAGAUAUAUAUAUAUACUAUUAUUAUAUUAUAUAUACAUUUUUUUUUUACCUAAAAGUAGCAAAGUGUAAAAGAACUGAUUUAAUGUAUUUGAUGCAAUAUAAAUCAAUAUGAUUGUAACUUAAUAAACAUAUAUAUACUACAUAUUAUUUAUAUUAGUAGAUUUUAGGUUUAUUUGUUUACUUUAUGUCAGUUGUAAAUGUAUAGUAAAAUUAAAAUGUAACAUUAUUUUUUGUUUAAUGAUAAAUAUAACUAUCUAUGAUGUGUA